UUCAUUCAUUUUAUCAUCGCUUUGUUAUUAAACCAAAAAUAUGAAUAUAUACAUUUGGUGAGAGCAUUGAACUUUUCUAGAUAUGUGACCGUUUAUUUAGAAAUCUCAGGUUAGGCUGAUUAGAUCAUCUGCUAAAUAAAUGAUCCGCAUGUUUAUCAUUGGACUAUUUAAAUGAUUUAUUACAAGGACGAGGAAGGCAUAAGGUAAGAAUGUAAAACUCUACCAGUUAGAAACGGAGAUUAGAAAUUAAAUGUGUCAAAUAAUUGCAGCCCGUAUUGUUGAAAUCGGUUAAGUGCGUUAUGAUGAAAUGAAUAUUUAACAUGAGUUCUGAAUAUUAUUACAUAUCCCGUCUUGCGCUUCUGUAAGUUUCAUUUUUCUUGAGUUUCUAUUCAUCAAAACAGCAACACACACGUUCAGCCCGUAAAACAAUGAGUGUGUGUUACUGUAGUUACGGUCACGAGGUUAGAGAGCUCAGAAAACACCCAAACCGUCGUCAAAGACCUGGACUUUUUAAUGAUACUGUCCGAUUUACAUCAAGUCCUAAUGAAGAUUCACCUUCCUCACGAGGCGUUCUGGACAAGUUUCCAUCGACAUGCCUCAGACAGAGCAGAUUCAGUCGUUUCAGAGUCAGUCCACUUGGGAGGAACUCUGUGCUUGGAUAACUUGUGCGUUGGUUAUUGCGAUCUUCAUUGCUGCUAUUAUCUGGUAUUAUAAACAGUGAAAGUAUGGCUUUCGUCCACUGUUGUUUGUUAUCCUAGUUCAAAGUUUUUGUUUACAUAAUAUAUAUGUGUAUGUAAAUACAAACACAUGCAUGUAUAUAUUUGGAAAAAAAUAGGUUGGUAAUAUAUUAAAUAUAAAAAUGUAAAUAAAUAAAUACAUUAAAAAAUAUAUAUAUUGUAUGUGUGUGUAUUCAUCAUAAAUAUACGCAGUACAAUUUUUUUUCAUACAGCAAUGUGAACCUUAUUAUUUUCCAGUGCAUUAACUAUAAAUCCUAAAAAAUGUAGAUUAACACACAAAAGUCUUCUUUUCUUCACUUUUGUGGUCAUAAAAUCCCAGUGUGCUCACUGGACUAAGCCUUUGCAUGUAGUUUGAUUGACAGGCGAUCCGACCAAUCAUAACGCUACACCGCUAUUUUUGUAUGAGAAGCAAACUGAAAGUAUUUUAUUGGUGAACCUGACAGUGUGUAUUGAGACACACGACUAACUAACUAACUAACUAACACAAGACCCACAUACUUAACAAUUAGUUAAUAGUCCUGUGCCUCAACAAGUAAAGUCAUAACAUAAUGAUACCUUUGCAAAUCUUUAGCUAAUGAUUUAUGAAAGCGGCGUUAAGGUUGAAAUGCAUAUGAGGUUAGUACAUUAGUAUGCUAUAUAGGAAUAAAUACAUUAUGACAAAUUAAAAUAAGAACAAUUUAUUGUUUAUUUAAUCUAUGAAUCAUAUAGAAUGGCGAUUAGUUGCUCAUGAUCAUUAUCUGUGCAUUAUUUAAUGCUUAUUUAAGCACUCUUAUUGUAAAGUGUUGCUCCAUUUAAGACAUAAUUGCUUCAUUUUCUUAAAAAAAAAGCAUGAACGAAUUGAUUACCGCUACAUUUAAUUACACUAUGACUGUAUUAUAAUGUUUUAAAGCAGCAGACGAAACAUUCUGAAGAUUAAAAUUAAAAAUUAAAUUAAAUUGAAUUAAAAAUCUUACCCUUGAUGGAUCUACGUCUAGUUUCCCGUUAACUUCAAGAAGAUUUUUCAGAAGCUUCUUAUCAAGAAUUAGAAUUCCUCUUAGCCUCAUAGUAAGGACAAUCUGAUGAAAAAAGAAAAAAAAAAAGAUUACAAUAUUCUUAAAAAGAACCAUCUUUUUAAAUAAUAAGAAGAAAAUGGCCGUUAAAAAGAAUUUUCUUCUUAAGAAUGUUUCGUGAAUCCGUACGCGAACGUGCGUAACCACGGCAACGGCUGACGUGUUUGAUUUGAAUCAGUCUUUUAUCAGCCGCUGGUGGAAAACAAAACCAUAAAGGGAUACAGUAACAGUUCCAACAAUGGAAAAGCGGUCAAAAAAAAACCCCCAAAAAACUAGAACAUUAACUAUAAAUCGCAUCUCACAACACGGGUGCUGUAUAAAUACUUCAUAUGAUCCCAAAUACGAGUGAGACGUAGCGUUUGAGAUGAAGUGGCUUUCGUGUAAAUCUCCUCGCUGUCUGUCCCGUCUGCUCUAAUUUGUUUCUGCAAGUUUCGCUUUAGUCUGUCGGACAGAUAGUGUGUGUUACUGUUGAGUUGGCGUGCUGCUGUGUCACACAAGUGAAGCAGUCGGUGAACAAAGACCUACAUAUCUUCCACAAGGAUUGUCAGGAACAUGGUGAGAAAAAUGCUUAAUAAUCUGUCUGAUCUGAGACAGAGCGGUUUCGGUCGGCCUUCUCCGAGACACGGUCUGAACCUGUUGUGGUGGUUCGCUCAUGAUUGUGUUCAGAUUGACUCUAACGGUCGUAUGACUGCACUGUGCGACCCUACAAAGGGAGAUUUUGGCUUUCGUUGGUUCCAUAAUAGAGAGGGACUUCUUCCUUACAGUGACCUGCUGUACUACGAGGUGGGGAACCUCCACAAAGCUGAUUCACUGCCUGAAUAUGUGACAAGACGUUACACUGGAGAUUUAGACGGCAGCAACACAGAUCGAAUCAUCGUUUCCUUUAACCCAGUGUGGAGAAGGUUCGAGAGCGUUUACGUGACGCAGCACUCGGAUCAGGUGCACUUCGACCAGAAUCGCACCUACCGCAUCAGCCCUGAUCUCAUCAAGGACAUUAAAGAUCUGAGCCGUAAGGAUUUCCUCAGAAGACUCACGAGGCGUUCUGGACAAGUUUCCAUCGACAUGCCUCAGACAGUGUGGACAAACACCAGCCCGAACGUUAGCAAUGAACUAAACGCAUCUGACAGCGGAGGCUCCCAACAGUUACCUAUAAGCAGACCUCGGUCGGUGCAGCACAGCCGGACAAACCCCUGUCAGAGCUGGAAAUGCCGCUGCGCUCUGAUUGGCUGCGGUCUGAUGGUGCUGCUCAUCGCUGGCGUCGCCAUCUACAUUUGGUCCAAAACAAAAUAGACCUAAUCUAUCGCUGUUUGUUGUUCCAGCUCGUUGCGAAAAUCGUGCUAAAGUGCAGUCACCUUCUUGCCAUUCCAAACUAAAACCUUUGCUGGUCUGUAGAACACAAAUGAAGAUGAUUCAAAUCAACCGUGUGCGUGUUUCUCACAGUUCUCUUUUUAAGAUUUUGGGUCGCACUUCCCAUAGCCAUUGUCUUGAUUUAUAAGAAUUUCUGUAUCCUACCUUUUGUGCUUAUUCUUCGAAAUAUAUUCUUUGUAUUACUAUAGAAAAAAAAUUGUGUGUGUGUGUGAUUUUUUU